AUGAAAAAUCUAAGAACUUUUGUGCUAUUCACCGUUGGCGUGAUACUGGGAUGUUACGCCCUGAGUGUCACUGCUUCCGCGAUACCCAUGUGGGAGUUCCUCUCGCGGGAUGAGAAAAUGAGCCACUUGUUCAGAGUGUUCAGUCAGCAAGUGGCCAAAUUCUGCGUGGAUUCAUCGAUGCCGGACUGCAACAAAAAUUUACUGGUUUCCGGCUUUCAGAAUCUGGCUAACAUGGACGAUAACAUUCUUGAUAAAUUGGAUCCUUAUCAGCGUGGCGCGAAAGAAAUCAUUUGGCGUGCCAUAGUAAAAAAUGGAUAUUCAACAAGAAAUAGCCAUGACUCGGAUGAAUCCUACUUUACCACCGGAACUGAUUCACUAGCUACCAGUGAUAGCGACACAAAUGGCCUAGGAGAAGAAACAAUUGCGGGACACGAUUAUUUUCGACCACCUUCAGAGCACACAGGCCCCUACCUAGUUGGUCCAAUGGUGAUUCGCGUAUAUCCGGAUGGUCGACCAGUUCCGGAAGAUUCGACGCGCCCUCUGCCUCGAGACGAGGACAUCGAAGAGUUUAAGCAUUCUCGAGUACCCUCGAUCGAGGAUAUCGAAGCCAAUAGAGAUGUUUUCUAUGAAAAAAGAUCGAAGGGGAAUGUGUUCUCCGAGAUGAAGGACCAUCGACGAAUUCAAGACGAGUCCGUUCGUCUUCGAAACGAUCAUCCACCAUUCAAAAGACGAUUGCUCCAAGAGGUGGUUGCAAAACGUAAAAUACGAUAUUAUUGAAGAGAGCAUUAAGAAAUGAAUAUUGAAGAGCUUCGGUCGACGAUGAAGAUCCGAAACACUUCGUCGUGGACAAUUACAAAAUUUGUUGGAUGUUAAAGAUGCUAGAAGUAAUGAAGAAAACGUUGGGAGAGAUGAAGAUCUAUUAAAGUAGUCUGGAAAGUAAUAUGAUCAUUAAGUA